AUGAGGAUUUUCGUAGCGACAGUAGCAGUUGUGUUGAUGGCAGGAAGCUGCCUGGCCAGUCAAGAUUUCCUCUCCAAGUCUCUCAACGAGUGCAUCGCCGCGGACUCUUGGAUGUCUUGCUUGAAGCAAGAGGUGCUUGGAUAUUUAGAUGGAAAACUCGGGACUAGCACGGAAGCUAGGUCUUUGGAUACAGUGGACGAAGCUAUCGUUGCGAGGACUUUCAAGUACCUGAAGAGCUUUGACUAUGGAAUCGAUUUACCCUUCGUGGAUGCUAGCCUCAAGUACAGACCCAGCAGAAGUUUGGCUGAUUUGGAUAUCGAAUUCAAAGGAAACGAAGUUGCUACCAGUCAAGCUAGGGGAAUGUUAAAGAAGAAGCUGCUGUUGCCAUUCCUGUUGUUGUUGAAACUGAAAUUGAAGGCUUUGAUGCCUAUCUUCGUUGCUAUCAUUGGUUUGAAAGCAUUGAAGGCUCUAGUGCUCUCGAAACUCGCGAUCCUCCUAGUCGUUGGAUUCAUCGCUGUGCAAUUCUUCAAGAAGGGUGGAAUGAUGAUGCCGAUGGGAAUGUCAAUGGAACCAGCUGCUUCACCGGCAUACGGAGCUCCACCUAUGCCCUCGACCACGUCGAGCUACGAUCCAGCGAACACAUGGGACGGAAAUGGACCGUAUUCCCGCGUCUGGACGCCGACCAACGGUGUGGAAGCCCAGAAUCUCGCAUACUCCUAUUACUCACCAGGCAGCGGAUCGAAUUCGUAUUCUUCUUCCUCGUCCUCCUCGGCCUCCUCGUCGUCAGUCAACUCCGGUAGCUCGUCAGGAAACUAUUAGAUCGGGGUUACAAAAAUGCGUCGAUUGCCACCGGCGCCACGAUUCAUUCUCUGAUUAACUCAUAUUCUUAACGACGGAUCGAUCGUACGAUCGAGAGACCAAAGAGACGCACGCCAAAUAACCACCAGAACCACAAUGGAUGAUCGUCGAUCGAUGUUAGUUUGGGAUACACGACCGAUCGAUCGAAGAUUGUCGAUCAUUCUGCCAUACAGAGCGGAAGAAAAGUUCUAUUAUCUCGUCGUGCGAACAAGUAAAUUAUUUAUGACUCUUUCGAGAUCAAAGUUGAUAAAUUAGAAACUGAUAGUUUAGAGACGAGAGAAUGGAACAUUAGGACCGUUCGUUCAACAACACGUGUACGCGGUAAAAGGUAACUGAUUCGGUAAGAAAUUGAUAGGAUAAAGAGACGAGCACCUGGCUCGAUUGACGACGAGUCGAAGAGGUCGAUUUCGAGGCUGGCUCAAGAGAGUUUCAUUUUUUAACAAUCGCCAGGACGUUGUUGUAUUUUAUUUAUUACUCGCGCGACACGAUUAUUUAUUAUCCC